AUGACUGGAAAAGCUAAAGUUACGGCCCUCAGUCCCCGGCAGACCUUUGAUGGUCAGGGGGUGCUAAGAAUCUCCGGGCCAGUCAUGAGGAGGAUUGCUACAUGGAAUGCGCGAAGUAUGUUUGAAGCUGGCAAAGUCCACAAUGCUAUAAAAGAAAUGAGAAGGUUGAACAUCGAAAUCCUUGGGAUUAGUGAAAUGCGAUGGCCAAGGUCAGGUCAAGUUCAGAUAGAGGGGCAUCAAGUUCUGUAUGCAGGUAAUGAUGACCGUAAUCAUUAUAACGGUGUGGGCAUCAUCGUGAAUGAAGAAGUGAAAGGGGCGAUCAAAGCAUUUGCUCCAAUAUCCGAUAGAGUGAUCUUACUGCAAUUAAACGCACAUCCAUUUAACGUUAAUAUAAUUCAGACCUACGCACCGACCUGCGAUCACUCUGAUGAAGAGGUGGAAUUGUUUUACAUGCAUCUAGACUCGGCAAUGGAACUGGUUAAUAAAUCCGACGUUACUAUUGUAAUGGGUGACUUUAAUGCGAAAGUCGGGAACAGACCGAGAGAAGGUAUAGUUGGCGAGUACGGUCUUGGUGUGCCAAAUGAACGGGGCGAUAGACUGGUGCAAUUUUGUCAGGAAAGGGAGCUCGUGAUUACAAACACUUUCUUCAAGCUGCCUUCCCGCCGCUUAUACACAUGGAGAUCAAACGCGGAAACCCUGGAUAGAAUUGUACGAAGCCAAAUUGACUUGAACUCAGACCACAACCCCGUCAUAGUGUCUGUGAGAAUAAACCUUAAAAAGUUAAAGACCAAAACAAAAACUAGGAUGAUCGAUACAUCUAAACUUAACAACGAAGAACUUAGAACGGAAGUCAAAGAAAUGCUCAACGAAAAGUUGCUAAAUACUAGUACUAGGGAAGAAGACAUAGAAACGUCAUGGAAUGUAAUUAAACAUGCCUUAGUUGAAACUAGCAAAGCCAAGCUCAAGACAGAAACCCGACGUACGGAUGGAUGA